CGCUGUUUACUCUUUCAUUUGGAUUUAACACAGGAACGCCAUAGCUAGCCUUUGUGUUUUCCUCAAUCCCUAAAACCCUAACCACACACCAUUUUUUGUUUUCCGGUUGAAUUAGCUCAGAAUGGUUUGGUUUCAGUGUGAAGAUUGUGGAGACAAUUUGAAGAAACCCAAAUUGGCAAACCACUUUCGAAUGUGUUCUGCUUUUAAGCUAUCUUGCAUUGAUUGUGGAGAGACUUUUAGUCGUCAAACUGUGGAAACUCACACCCAAUGCAUCUCUGAAGCGGAGAAAUAUGGUCCAAAGGGCCAAGGAAAAGCUUCAAAUGGAGCUCCUGUCAAGCCCAGCAGUGAUGCUAAGCAAAAGCCUGAUGUAGACAUCAAUGUUGGAUUGUCAGACCGUCCACCUUGGUUUUGUAGUUUGUGUAAUACCAAUGCAACUAGCAAGCAGACUCUACUUCUCCAUGCUGAUGGUAAGAAACAUAGAGCGAAGGCACGGGCUUUCCAUGCUGCUAAGCAGCCUAAGCAGACUGAACCAGCUGAUGGUGGUGUGGAUGUCUUAAAUGAUAAUAAUCAAAAGAGCGAGAUUCCUGAGAACAAAGCAGGUGAGGGAUUGAAGGAGCAAAACUCAAAAGAAGCAGAAAAUGAUAAUUUUCUUUCAAAUAAGAAAAGGAAAGACAGGGAAUCUGAAAAUGGUGGUGACAAACUUUCUGCUGAAUUAGAUAUUGGUGAAGUGAUCCAGGUCGAAAAAGAACAGGAAACAAAACACAAGAAGAAAGCCAAAAAUGAAACAGUGAAGCAAGAUAAAGCUGUCGUGGAUGGGUCUAACAGAAACGACAGCAAGAAGAAGAUAAAGUGGAAGAAAGUGAUCACAUUAGCUUUGAAAUCUAAUUCCGAUGGAGUUCUGAAGUUGAAGAAGCUUAAAAAGAUCGUUCUGAAGUCUGUGAAUGUGUCUGGCAUGGUAGAAGACGAAAGCCAAGUCAGUGACACAAUUGAGCAUAAGAUAAAUUCAAGUUCUAAAUUUGUUGUUGAUGGCAAAUAUGUACGAUUGGCAACCAAAAGUUCCUGAAAAUUCUUUCAAUUCAGAUGUUAUAAAUUUUACAACCAAUGAUUUAGGCAAUCUAUUGAGGAAAAAGAAAACAAUCUAGAGCCAAAGCUAUAAAACAAGCUUCAUUUAUACCAUCAACCUCUACGUCAAUUUGAAGGAGUCUGUUCCGGAAUUUUGUUUGUGCUAGAUUAUAGAUAUUAGUUUCUGUAAGAAAAUUGUCAUGGCUUUUAUUUUAUUUUGUUGGUUUAUCAGCAAAUUUGUGUGUUCUUUUUUAUGAAGAGCGUCAACCUCUACGUCAAUUUGAAGGAGUCUGUUCCGAAAUUUUGUUUGUGCUAGAUUAUAGAUAUUAGUUUCUGUAAGAAAAUUGUCAUGGCUUUUAUUUUAUUUUGUUGGUUUAUCAGCAAAUUUGUGUGUUCUUUUUUA